AAAAUUAUUUUUUCUUUUCGCUCAACAUGGCAGAUCAUCAGGUCGAACGUGCUUUCCAAAAGCAACAAGGAGUAAAUCUUAAUCGUAACAUCCGGUUCCAAGGAAAGAAACCAAAAUCAACUCGUCUUCACCGUAAUGUUGGACUUGGAUUCAAAACACCAAAAGAGGCAGUCUCUGGACAUUAUAUCGAUAAGAAAUGUCCAUUUACUGGUAUGGUUUCAAUUCGUGGAAGAAUUUUGACUGGAGUCGUACGAAAAAUGAAGAUGCAAAGAACAAUUGUCAUUCGUCGUGAUUUCUUACAUUUCGUUAAAAAAUACAGUCGUUUUGAAAAGAGACACAAAAAUAUGAGCGUACAUUUAUCACCUUGCUUCCGCGAUGUUGAGCUCGGAGAUGUUGUCACAGUUGGAGAAUGUCGUCCACUCUCAAAGACAGUCAAGUUUAAUGUAUUGAAGGUCAGCAAAGUUGCUGGAUCAAAGAAGAAGUUCCAGAAAUUCUAAAUUGUUUAAAUACAUUCUUCAUUAUGUAUCAAGAUCCAAGAACAUAAUAUUAAAUAAAAUCAAGAAAAACACAUUGGAUUAUUUGUAAUUUAAGGUCAUCCUAAGAACCAA